CAAUCGAUAAUUCCGGGGUUUUGCAUGGUUGAGAUAAAAAGACGAGAGCAUCCAUUGUUGAGACCGGACAAAAGGGAACAAAUUUCGGAACAAAAGGACAGUGGAUAAAGGAUUUAAAGGACACCGGAGAUAACCACAAAGAAUUCAAAGGACUUAUUUUGCCAUUACUGUGGCAAUAGGAGGGCUAACAAAGGACAAAGUAUUGAAAGGACUUAUAGAGUCAAGGCGACAAAGGUCGACCUAUAAAAGGAAAUAAAUUUCAAUUAAAGCCCAGGACCGAUUCGAACGGCAUGGCUCAAAUGAGCAUGGCCUCUUUAAUAGAACCCUACAGGAAGGGAACAUCAUUCUCUGACUGGGUUGAUCGUUUGGAAUAUUGUUUUCUAGCUAACGAUAUAAACGAAGAGAGUAGAAAAGCUCAUUUUAUUACACUUAGUGGUCCUUUUGUGUACGCCGAAUUAAAAUUGUUAUUUCCACUUGAUAAUUUAAAUACCAUUCUCUAUGGGGAUAUGAUUAAAAAGCUUAAAUCGAGAUUUGAUAAAACGCCUUCCGGGUUGGUGCAACGUGUGAGAUUUUCCCAAAGGGUACAGCACCCAGAUGAAACUUUGGAAGAUUAUGUAUUGGCUAUUAAACUCCAAGCAGAGUUCUGUUCCUUUGGAACUUUCAAAGACCAGGCUAUUAGGGACAGGAUUAUUUCCGGUAUUGGCGACAUUCAUUUACAACAAAAAUUAUUAAACGAGGACGAAGAAUUAGGCGCGGAGGCAACUGAAAAGCUCAUUAUCACUUGGGAGAUGGCGAAAUCUAAUGCCAAAUCGUUGGGUAUCGGUAGAGAUACCAGAAUAUCUUCGUUUGCUGAUACUAACUUGAACAGUCCUACAGUGCAAAAGAUUUUCAAAACUUAUGAGGCAGCAAAUGGGUCCAAUCAAUCCCCUAGUUACCCUAGAGGGCCAGUGAGGUCAAGGUUAGGUUACAAGCCAUAUUUCAGGAAUGAGCAAAAUAAAGACAGAAAAUAUAACAACAUUAAACCAGCCGAAUGGCGUAAGGGGCAGUUGGCUCAAAAACAUAAGAUGCAAAAUAUAAUUUGUGACUUUUGCGGCGUUAGGGGUCACAUCAAAAAGAAGUGUUUUAAGCUGAAAAAUAUUAUGCGAGGCUCAAAGUUCGUGGACGAUUGGAAAAAGCCAGGCCCGAGUCAGAGUAAAAAUAUUGAGGAGAUCUUCAGCCAGCUAAGGACAAAUGAUUCGGACAGCGAUGACGACAAAGAUAUUGAUUGGAAACGUGCCGGUUAUGGCCCAUCGAAGACAAAUAAGAGUGGUUGACAGGAAACCAGAGGGACCGAAAUUGAUUCCGCUCUGGAAUCCGUUCGAAGGGACGGAAAGCUCGAGACGACAAGAUAGCAUGGAAGGAGAAGAGGACUGUAGAGGUUUUCCGGAGAACAAUUUGCCUAAUCGAGGCAGAAAGAGAAAGCUUCCGAUGGAAUCAUCGGAGAUCGUACUUAGGCGUUCGAAUAGAGUGAAAAGAGUAAAAAGAGAUGAAAAAUAUGUUUAUACUUAGUUUUAAACUUUUCGAAUUUGGACUUCAAGCAAGUCAAUAAUAAACCUUGUAAAUAUCGAGUAAUUAUAUUGUAUAAACCAUUUUGUUAAUUAGGUUUAGGUUUGGUUUUAAGAAAACAACUAUUUAAAAGGGAAGUGCUAUGGCAUACGCCCUUUUCGAAAGCUUCCAUGGUAACGUUUGUUACGUCGGAAGUUUAUAGCACCGUCUAAACGUAACUUCGGUAACGUUAGACG